CAUUGGUCCUUAAGGUCCUGGCUAUGCAAAACCAGCAGGACCACUGCUUCAGAUCUCUCUGUGACAACAGCAGACAACAAUAUACAGCUCUGUGCAACCACACUAAAAUAGUAGAAAUGGAACGAGGAAGGAUUCUGUUCCUGUUGACACUCUGGCUGCAAGACUUCACUGGUCAAUGCCAAGUUUCAGGGCAGCCCUCUAACCUGAAGAUAGUUCUGCUGGGGAAGACUGGAUCAGGGAAGAGUACAACAGGAAACACCAUCCUGGGGAGAGAGGUGUUUAAAGCGGGGGCUUCUCCAGUGUCUGUGACUGCACAGAGUGAGAAACGGAGUGGAGUGGUGGAUGGGAGGAAGAUUGAUGUCAUCGACACCCCGGGGCUCUAUGACACAACAAUGUCUAAAGAAGAGAUAAAAAGUGAAAUAGUCAGGUGUAUAGAAAUGUCAGUCCCAGGACCUCACGCCUUCCUGCUGGUGAUCAGACUGGGGAGGUUCACAGACGAGGAGAGGAACACUGUGAAGUGGAUCCAGGAGAACUUUGGAGAAGAAGCAUCAAUGUACACCAUCUUGCUGUUCACACAUGGAGAUCAACUGGAGGGGAAAUCAGUGGAGGAGUUUCUGGCUGAGAGCAAAGAGUUACGGAAACUCAUCAAUAUCUGUGGGGGCAGAUAUCACUCCCUAAUCAAUGACAAGAGAAAACACAACACUCAGGUCCCAGAGCUGCUGAAGAAGAUAGAUGAGAUGGUGAAGAAGAAUGGAGGACAACACUACACCAAUGAGAUGUACCAGGAGGCCCAGAUGAAGAUCGAAGAGGAGGAGGAGAGGAAGAGACAGGAAAAGGAGAAGAGAGAGAGAGAGAGGAGACAGGAGGAGGAAGAAAGAAGAAGAAGAGAAGAGCAAUUGAAUGAGUGCAAGUGGUCAGCGUUUGCCAGUACGGCUGCAUUGGGGUUGGGAGCCGUGUACAGCUCUCCAUGGUCGUUAGCAGCAGGGGCUGCAUUAGCCGUUGUUAAAGGUUAUCAGUGCAUGGGCACCUAUUUCACCUCAGAAGACCAGGAGAAAUAAGAUUUCCACAUCCACCAUCUCAGAUUGUUUUGAAAUUAAGAUGAAUUAUUGUGUUAUAUAAUAUAAAUAGAAUUUGAUCUCUGAGAAAUUAAUAAAUAAAUACCAUUUA